CACCCACAACGCAAGAACAGAUAUCUGGAUUUACCUUCAACUACAAUGGCGGCACUGCACCCAUCGGUCCGCCGUUGCCCUCGUCCAACCGACCAAUAUUUUGACGAUUUCAGAGUGGAACAAGAAGUAUUCCACGAUACCAGAUGGCCACGCCUUCGCCUCAAAACCAAUGAAAUAAUCAGCGUUGGUAUGGCAGCGAGAAUCAUUUACUUGCUGAAAAACGGUCACACGUACGACUGCAUUCCGUGCCACGUCGUGGAAGAGUUCGAUCGGGAGAUCGACAGGGACAGUGUUGAAGCUCUUCUCGAAAAAGACUUCGAUGUUACCGAAGAAAGCCUGCCUGGCAGCGAGCACCUGAUUCCGAUGGAUGAACCAGCAGUGGAAGACGCGGGCUAUGUCUCUGGAGCAGUGAUCCCGGCUGGGAUUUACCACGAAAUCAUCAGCCUUCGCGCAUCAGGCGUGGGCUUCAUCGAAAGCUACGUCAGGGUCCGCUGGAGUCUUUGGACAGUCCUCGGGCGUUGCCCCUCCCCCCGUCGACAUCCCCCACCACUCGGGACGCCCGUUAAGCACCAUUGACUCGAUCCCCGACCAGAGGCGUAACGCGGAAGCUUUGUUUUUCAACAACCCUCCACCACUUUACGAGCCGCGGCCAGAAUUCCGAGGGGUGCAACUGCGCCAUCCUCGCGAGGUCAACCCCAUCGACGGGCAUCUUCCUCCUUUCUUCGGGCCCCUGAACCCCACUCCUCCGGCAUAUUCUGCUGGAAUCGAGCCUCCUUCGUACGACGACAUGCACAUCGACCCUGUGACUCGCCCAUCAUCAUCGUCAUCAUCACCAUCGCCGACCCGAAGAAUCAGUCCAAGAAGCACUCAGUCGGCGGGCGAACCAAGCUCAUCCAACGCUACCACCGUGGAGGGCGACCCACCAGCAUUUCAUGGCAAAGCAGAGCAUUGCUCAAGUGCAAAAUGCUUCAGCAGGUCUAACGUAGUAGACUUUCUGUUUGACGGACUUUAUAAUAUUGAAAUUUAUCCCGACGGCCCGUUUGAACCAGUCAGACUCCGGGAUGAAGGACUCCGAAUCAUGAAGACAUACAUCAAGCUACGGAGGAAGGAUCGCAAUUCUUUACUCAAAGUUGACGAGUGCUACCCAGAGUUCACCGCUUACCCAGGGCCUUCUCUUUUGCCCAUAGGACAUUUGUUGUCUGGCCUAGUCCCGCUGUUCUUCCGAGAAAUGCUCGGAAGUGGCUGCGUCACAUCGCGGAAUGUCAUGUUGGAUUUCCCGCAGGUGGCAAGCUACUCUGGAUUCUGCUUCUUGAUCAAUCACAUGAGAUUGCGUCGAGGUGCGCCGGAGAUCUACUCCCACGCACCAGCUGCCUUUCUUGAACCGGUACUUGACGAGCUUCGGUUGAGCUGCAAUGUCUCAGUCUCGAAAGUUUUAGCCCGGCGCGGGUCUGACCUCACAGCAACAGUGCGAAGCCUCCACGACCUACCGCACUUGUUUAUGGAAAUCUGCACACAGAGAGAAGACAAUCCUCCGGUAAGGCUCGACUUUUUCCCCCACCACUUGAGACCACAUCGCGUAGUCGCUCCCGGAUUUGACGACUUCCUCACCGAACCCCCGAACCCUACGUUGCUUGACUGGGGCCAUGAUGCAGAAGACUGCCUGACUGCAGAAUUCAUGGUUACGCAUAGUGACGCUCUUGUGAGGGGUCGAGAACUGGUUUUUGCACUUCUCGAAUCCACAGGUCCGGACUUCUCUGUUAGUAGGCGAGUAUUGGAGGCUUUUGUCGUUGCUGUGCUUCCACUAACUGAAGGGUUGGAGCCAAUGAACGGAGACAUCAAGAAGAUACUCGCACAGAUCCGCCGCCUGAAAGACAUCUCGGAAGCCUUAGCGCUUUCCCCGAAAUGGUGGGCUGAUGCCCUUACAAACCUCGGCCUCGCCACGACGGAUGACCUCACUCGUUACACUCUUUGGAUAGACAUGCCAAGCACGGAUCAGUAGACCAUCUAGGCACGGUGGCUGAGAGCAGCAAAUUUGCGCGCUCUGGUCCGUUUCCUUCCCCGGAUCCCAGCAUCUGUUUGACAGAAUAUAAGACAUUGAUGGCAGAUGAAAAUGACCGAUCUGCUGAAGCUCGAGUGGGAUGGAUGGGCUUAUAAGUCUUUGGUUUGUGCUUUUGGAAGAGUUAGUCUGGGGAAGUCUUACCUUUAAU